AUGGCCCUAGUUUUCGGCAGCAUCAACGUCGACGAGUUCCUCGCUGUCCCCCACAUUGUUAGGCCGGGUGAGACCAUUUCAUCCACUCACAUUACCAAGAAAGCAGGUGGAAAGGGUGCGAAUGUGGCUGUGGCACUGGCCAAGGCGUCUGCACGCGUCCUUCUCGCUGGUCAGAUAGGCGAGGAUGGCGAGUGGGUGCGCGCACUUCUCAAUACCUAUUGCGUAGACACCACCCAUCUCCUCACCACUGCCAGCGUCCCAUCAGGUCGAGCAACAAUCCAAAUUAGCCAGGAGGGCGAAAAUUCGAUUGUGCUCUACGGCGGAAGCAAUCAGAUGGCCUAUGGCCCACCGCUCCCGCUUUCUCCAGCCACCAUAUCCCAUUUGCUCGUGCAGGAGGAGAUUGUACACGCAGAUACAACAUCAGCCAUUGUCCACGCACACAACAACAAGAUCAAAACUGUCUACAACCCAUCCCCUCUCCCGCCCUCGCACCAGCUACUCGAAUUCCCUUGGCACGCGCUGUCUUACCUGAUUCUCAACCAGGGCGAGGCGAUGGAUUUGUAUAAUUCACUGGUUGGACAGGGGCAACACACUCAACACGCCCAUUCACACUCACAACAAUCCCCACAACACCUCCUCGAUGCACUCACGACGCACCCUCUCACCGCGUCAAUCCAAGGGGUGAUCAUCACUCUUGGCAGUGAAGGACUGGUAGCGCGGGUAAAAAUCGACAACACCCCCCAUGACUAUUGCCUGCCCUCUACGAAAGUGAAUGCCAUCGAUACCACAGGUGCUGGUGAUACAUUUGCGGGAUAUUUCGUCGCCGCGUGUAUGUCAUCCAGCAUGAGCACACACAAGAGCACACAUAUCGAGCUCGUUCUUAAGAACGCAAUGGCCGCUGCCGCUCUCGCCGUAACCAAACCUGGGGCUAUGGAUGCUAUUCCCAUUCUAAGCCAAGUGCGCGCCCAUCUCCUAACGAAUGGUAUAGAGUGUGUUUUGUGA